AUGAAUAUUCCUGAUACUGCACGGAAUUAUCUGACGCCACAGCUGAUAUUCAGCCGCGCCCCCAAGCAGUCGGCCCAGGACAUCGCCAUUCUCGUCGAGAGAGCCCUGCUGGAUCAGACUGUCGACUGGCCUUCCAGCAGCGUUUCGCUUGGCAACAUCAGCUUCCAAAUCCAGGUCGACAACCUCGGCAGCAACCGCUUCAAGAUCACUUGGUGGAACUCGGAUGCCGCCAACUCACGGCGCAAGAUCAAGCUCACCUUUAACGCGGGCGAUGGCACCCGCCUCUACGGCGUUGUAACCUCGCCCCAGACAAGGGGCAACGCCGAAGUCACCAAGCGCGGCACCCAGUUCCGUGCUAUAUUUGACCAAGAGUUUACAAUAGCCUCGGUGGGUGAUUGCUUUGGGGAGAAGUGA